AUGACCAUUGCUACUAUGGUUCUAAACGUAGAUGUUGGUAGUUCCAAACUCGGAACUAUAGUACUAACGCAUUAUUCGUGGGCCGGAUGGCCGAGCGAUCAAGUGUAUAACUGGCUAGAAGUUAAUGUGAAAAUGAGAUUAUUAAACUUGGGGAAGCCGUCAGAAGUACCAAAAUUGAAUGAAAACAUGGCCAUUGAACUUGGAGCUGAAUUACUUGGAGAAACAAUAAUAUUUAGCAUUGCUGCUAUAACUCUCACUGCAGAAUAUAUCAGAUCCUCUAGAAAAGAACGAGAAAAAGAAGAAGCGAGACAAGAGUAUUUUAGCAAUUUAGAAAAAUCAAUCGAAGACCUUAGAUUUACUGUCGAGAAACAACAAGUUGAGAUCAGACAUUUAACAAGAUUGUGUUAUUCUUCUUCAAAACAUAAAGGAGAACAUGAAGAUAAGAAAGAAGGCAAAUCUUGAAAUUAUAUAUAUUCUUGUUUUCUAAGAAAUUAUUUAUUAAAAAUGGGAUAGACAUAAAUUACAAUUUUGAAAUUGAAUAUAUUAAAAGUUAUUGUAGACAAUGUACUAUAAUUUUAA